AAUUCAUUGUAUCUCUUGACCUCAAGUAGCAUCCUCUAUUUUUCAUUUAUUCAACUUCAAUUUCACCAUCUGAAAAGUCUACUUGAUUUUCAUGUUCUUCCCUCUUUGUCGAGUAACAAUUCUUCCCAUUCAUUUCUAGAGCGCGACGCUGCUAGACAUGGAUGGUCAUCCACAUCUCGUCGCGAACAACUUCGCUCUUAAGGAGGAGGAGAGUGUUGUGAAACAAGAGAAGGGAGGGAAGAAAAGAACAAGGGAAUUCAAGGCGGAUAUCUCGUCCGGUGAGAGAGUUCUUCGAUCAAGGAGCAAACAAAAAGAUGAACAUGGAGAAGAGGAGAAGAAAAAGAAGAUAGAAUUGAGAGUGUCACUCACCAAGAAAGAGAUCACUGAGGAUUGGAUAUCUCUCACGGGCUCUAAACCAACCAAUUGGCCAAAUCAUCGACGAAAAGCCAAUGAGAAAAGGAGACUAAAUCGGCUCUUUCCUGGAUUUUCCUUAUCAAAACCGAUAUCGACCGAGACAUAUGCCGCCAAGGAAGGAGACUGAUGCACAAUUCAUUCAUCCAGCUUAAUAUGGACGUCAGAGAGUAGCAAUAUGGCCGAUAUGCCUUGAAUGU